ACUAGACAAUUUAAAAACAAUUAUCGUUGGUAGGUUGUUGGCGUUGUUAUUGUGAUUGCCCUUGAUCAUUUUCUUGAUUUGUGUUUAGAAGACAAAAAACAGAAAACAAAAUGCUUGAAAUUCUUUAUGGUUAUGUAUUUUGGACAAUCCAAUUAAUCAUAUUUGGUGGUAUAAUAGCAUGGAUUAUCAACUAUGUGAAUAAUGAACAAAGCUAUUGGAAUGAACAUGGUGUACCAAGUAUGAGAUCAAUAUUUCUUUUUGGUACAGAUUUUGAAUUAGGAUUUGAUGAUUGGCCAUCAAUAACGAUGCGUCAUGUACGACGUUAUGGAAAAUUUUUUGGUGGUUAUCAAUUAUUAACACCAAUAUUGACCAUAAUGGAUCCCGAAUUAAUCAAACAGGUUUUCAUAAAAGAUUUUCAUUGUUAUAUGGAUCGCGUACAACCACGUACCUAUCAUGAAUUAUUGAAUCAAAAUCUAUUAUUUUCAGAGUCUAAAAAAUGGAAACGUAUGCGCAGUAUUGCUAGUCCAUCAUUUACUACGGGUAAACUUCGUGCAAUGACUAAAACAAUGAACAAUUGUGUCGAUAGAUUAUUCAAUAAUUUGGAUAAAAUUAUUGAUCAAUCUAAUGGUCAAUUGGAAACGAAAAAAAUUGUUGCAGGAUUUACUAUGGAUGUAAUUGCAUCGGCUGGUUUCAGUACACAAAUGAAUGAAAAUCUUGGUGAAGAUGAUUUAUUUUUUAAAAGCGGUAUAGGUUUAUUUCGUUCGACAUUUAUCCGUAUGUUGGCAGUGCUUACGCUUCCGAGAUUUUUGUUAAAUUUAUUAAAUAUUCGUUUUCUAUUUUCACCGGAAUCAUUCGAAUAUUUUUGCAAUCUUACUAGGGAAAUAAUCCGACAACGUAAAACAAUGAAACAAAAGCCAGUUGAUUUAUUACAAUUAAUGUUGGAAGCUGAAGUGGAUGAAAAAGUUAUCGAUGAUAAUAAUUUUGAUAAUCUUGAAGCAACAGAUGAUCAAAGUGAUGAACAAGCGCCUGAAAUUGAAAAGAAAAAUCAAUCAAGCAAUAAGAAAAAAUUGACUGAAAGUGAAAUCAUUGCUAAUUCAAUUUUCUUUUUGAUCGCUGGUUUUGAAACAACAUCUUCGACUAUUUCACAUUGUCUUUUUCAAUUAGCAUGGCAUCCAGAAAUUCAACAACGUGUCUAUGAAGAAUUAAAAGAAAAUUUAUCUGAUUUAGAUUACAAUUCAAAGGAAUAUUAUGAUCAAGUUAUGCUUUAUCUACCAUAUUUUCAAGCUGUUGUAAAAGAAACAUUGCGUUAUUAUCCACCAGUUACUAUUUUAGCACGAAGGGUUACUGUUGAUGAAACUAAAUUAAAUGAUAUACCAUUAAAACGUGGAACAAUUAUCCGUAUUCCUACGCAUGCUAUUCAUCAUUGUGAAGAUUAUUAUCCAGAUCCAGAACGAUUUGAUCCUGAACGUUUUAUGCCUGAAAAUAAGGAUAAACUUGUACCAUACACAUAUAUGCCUUUUGGUCUUGGACCUAGAAAUUGUAUCGGUAUGCGUUUUGCAUAUCAAGAAGUUCGAUUAGCAUUAUCACGAAUUAUAAUGACAUAUCGUUUUGAAACGAUUCCCGGUGUAACACAAAAAGUGUUAUCAUUCGGACCACGUACACCAUUGUUAUCAACAUCACCAUUUAAAUUGAAAAUUACAAAACGAUGAUUCAAAAUUAUAAACAUUCUUUUCAUUUAAA